GUGCUGUAUGCUGUCAACCAAUGUAUGACAUCAUGACAGCUUUCUGUAAAUGAAUGUAAUUGUUUUAACGUGUAACGGUUUAAUAGCAUGAAUCGUGUAAUAUAAUUUUGUGAUUGCUAAUAAGGUAAUAUUUUACCAUGGUAACGGUGAAACUGCAAGUACAACGCAUUUCCUUAAUAUUCAGAGUAUAGCGUUUAUUAAUAUUAUUUAUAUGUGAGAAGACUGUGUUCAAAAAGCGUCUGUUAAAAAAACACAUUUCAGGGCUACAUAAUAGUGGUCAAUUUUAUACUUUUAAAGUAAAAUGGAAACUCUUUUAUUAUUUUAAAUACUUUUAAACAAUUUAAAGUAACAUCUGAGCAACAAUCUGCAACAGUUUCUCUCUGUUACUUACUUCUGCGGCUGCGCGCACGCCUCCAUGGACAAAGCGUUUACUGUACGACAGAGGGAGACAAUGAGUAAUCGAGACUGAAACCAACACUGAGCACUGAGAGGAAAUAACACCUUCUGUUUUCUGCAUAGCCUUUGACAGUGAGAAUCUCUCGAAUAGAUUCAACUCUCAUAACCAAGAGACAUGACAGAGGAGUCACUGCCAACCGACUAUGGUGAAUACUAUGAAAAUGACAAUGAUAGUAAUGUUGCACAGCCAUGCAACAACCGCAACACGAAGGCCUUCAGUGAAGUUUUUCUUCCGACUUUCUACAGCAUAGUCUUCAUCAUUGGCUUCAUCGGGAAUGGCCUGGUAGUGUGGGUCCUCAUCAGAUACCGUCACAAAUCCAAUAUGACAGACGUGUGCCUCUUAAACCUCGCCAUCUCUGACCUGCUCUUUCUUUCGUCACUUCCCUUCUGGGCUCAUUCGGCAAUGGCUGACUGGAUCUUUGGUAAAUUCAUGUGUCAUACCGUAACGGCCCUUUACACAAUGGGUCUCUACAGCAGUAUCUUCUUUAUGGUGCUUAUGACAGUGGAUCGCUAUCUCAUCAUCGUCCAUCCCCACAAUAUCUUUUCCAGGAACCGCUCUGCCAAUAUGGGUUUGGUUUUGUCUUACUUCGUGUGGAUCCUCAGCCUGUUUGCAUCUCUACCAAAUAUUAUAAUUGCCCAUGAGUCCAAAGAGAUGAAUAAUUCAACAUAUUGCAGAUCAAACUAUUCAAGUGAUGCCAUGAAGUAUUUUAUUUACUUUAAGAUAAACUUCUUGAGCCUGUUUCUCCCUCUGAUUAUAAUGGGGUAUUGUUACGCACGGAUCAUCCCAACUCUGAUAAGCAUCAAAUCACAGAAACGACACAAAAUCAUCAGACUCAUUCUGGCUGUGGUGGCUGUUUAUUUCCUCUUUUGGACACCAUACAACAUUACCAUAUUCCUUCUCUUCAUGCAGACACAAGGCUACCUGCAGUCUUGUGAGUGGGAUAAUAGUUUGAGUCUGACCAUGCAAUGGGUGGAGACUAUCGCCUACAGUCACUGUUGCCUCAAUCCCAUCAUCUACGGCUUUGUUGGAGAGAAGUUCAGAAGAGAAGUCAUAAAAUUGGGAAAGGAGCAGUUUCCCAUGUGCUUCAGACAAUGCUCAUCUUUCUCACAACAGUUAUCUGAACGCAGAGCCUCAACCUUCUCAAGAUCAACUGAAUAUUCAAGUACACAUAUGUAGUGCACUGCUGAUUCAGUAUGAAAUGAUAGUGUUUAUUCUUCCUGUGUAAAUACAAAGAGUAUUUUCAUUUUGAUCAAUUCUUGGUCUUCUCUUUAACUAAAAGUAUUAAACAGUUAAUCAACAAAAUCUAAAAUUAUUUGAUAUGUUUCCGUUUUGUUUUUGAUUGUUUUGUCAGCAUCAUGAAUGUAAAGGCUACAGGAGGCUAUGUUUGGCUGUCAGAAUUUGACCUGUGCUUGUGCUCUAAAAACUGUAAUGCUCUUUUUCUGAGUAUUUUUCAUAUUUCCAAAAUCUUUCAUUUUACACACACACACACACACACACACACUCUGGUUUCCAUGUUUUGUGGGGACAUUUCAUAGACGUAAUGCAUUUUAUUCUGUACAAACUGUAUAUUCUAUCCCCCUUACCUACCCCAUUCCCUAACCCCAACCAUCACAGAAACCCUUCUACUACUUCUCAUUUUCAAGAAACAUCAUUCUGUUUGAUUUAUAAGCUUGUUUCCUCAUGGGGACAUCAAAAUGUCCCCACAAGGUCACAAAAACACUGGUAUUCCUAUCUUUGUGGGGACAAUUGUUCCCCACAACGUGAUAAUUACCAGGUACACACACACACACACACACACACAUAUUCAUGUUUUUUUAUAUAUAUUUUUAUACAAUUGUUUUCUAUUUUUGCUUUUAGCAGUUUAGCUUGUAGCAUUUUUUAAGGUUGGAAUAUGUGCAG